GCUCCAUUUUCCCGCCACCGUUUUCUAAUUUGAACUGUUGGACGGAAACGUAUAUAAACGGAGUGAGAUACUUGAUGUCGACAAAUAGUGUUUUGCUCAGUACUUUGGCACAUGCAUCUGCAGGAGAUGUGAUUAUAUUCACAGAAGGAACAAACAGAGCUUGAUGUUUAAAGGGGAAUCCAGACAUGUCAGACAUUUCAGAGGAAGAGUGGAAAAGGGCGCUGACCACCAUCUUGGAGGAGCUAGAAAAGCAACAGUUCAUCAAGUUCCUGGAAUUUUUGGAUAAAAUUCCCCGAAGUGUGAGGACUGAGGUUUGUGAAGAAAAGAUGCCUGGGAAAAUUAUUCAGUGCUACGGACUACUAGACUCUAUUUCUGCCGUCAAUGAGGCAGUAGAUCAGAUACCCAGAAAGGACCGAGCAGUACAGGACCUUCUGCGACCCUUUGUGGAAAAGCUGAAGAAGCAUGAUGAGAAAGUAAACGAGGAAGAUAAGAGGAAACAUGAUGAAGUGGAGGGAGAAAAAAGGUCUGCUGCAGGAGAGAAGAGGAAACGGGACGAAGUGGAGGAGGAAGAAAGUUCUGCUUUAAGAGAGAAGAGGAAACGUGCCGAAGCGGAGGAGGAAGAAAGUUCAUCCCCAGAUCCACUGAUGAGCUGCCAGACUGUCCAGGAGAGAAGCAACCCUCCUUGGAAGAUACUCAUCCGUGAUCUGAAAACCAGGGACCCACUUCUUGACACGGAAGCCUUUUUUGGGAAAGUAAUUCAGAAAUCAGGGCUUCGCAAAUAUCGAACCAAAGGUGAUGAAAAAAAGUUCUUCUUUUAUCUGGCGGUGGCGGAUGAAGAGGCCACUGUCAAGGUGAUGGUUUAUGGAAGAGAUCGCUAUAAAGUACUCAAAGAAAACAGUUCCUACUUGUUCAGAAAUCUGAUCAGAGAUCAGAAUAUUGUUAAAGUUACAAAGCAAAGCACAGUGUCUCAAAGCAAACCUGUCCAAGUCCCAGGAGAGUUGGAGCUGGAAGCUCAGAAGCUUAUUUAUCCAGAGAUUCCUCUUUGCUCCAUCGCUGAAGCCAAAAAAUGUCCUGACAAGACAAAUGUGAGCGUGGAGGGAACUGUUAAAGAGAUUGCUCCCGUUGAAGAAGUCACGGUGUCAUACCAGCAGCAGAAGAAAAAGAUGCAGCGCCUAAAACUAAAAGAUGAGACAGAUUCCAUCAAGAUCUGUUUGUGGGGAGAAGAAACCAAGCUGUGCAAAGACUUAUCACUCAGAGAUACUGUAAAGCUGACCAACAUGAGGACCAACGACUAUUAUGGGGAGAAGACGCUGAACUCAACUGGAUUCACCAAAGUUCACAUGGUUCAAACUUUGGGAAUCCAAAAUGUCAAAAUAGAGAUCAUCGGGAUCCAAAAGGCCACAAAGAAGGAGACUCACCUGGAGGCAAACUUUAACCAACAGCUGCAUAUCUUUGUUGUGGCAUCAUCACUUCUGGCGAAGGAAUUGGAUAUCAAACUGGGUGGUGAUUAUCAAGAACGUCUCCUUGAGAAAUUGCUGUUCAUAGCAGAUGUAGAAAUCAAAGGAUAUAGAAUAAAGAAACUCAAAGUAGCUGGAAUGAUGUAAAUGAUGUUGAUGUUCGAUGAUGUAAACAUAACUUGUUUAUGGGUGGUAUGAAUGUUUCCUAUUUAGUAAUUACUGAAGAUUUGACCGUGUUAUUUAAUGAAGUUAUCAUUGAUGGGUGUGUUUUCUUUCAGUCUCUCUGAGGGUUUGAAGUGAACGAGAGGAAAAAUAAGUUUGUAAAAUGUACUUUACAUUGCAUAUUAUCCACAUAUACUUAAGAUUAAAAUUGAACAUGUUGACACUGGCAUUUAUUCUGCGAUUAUUCGUAAUGGAGCUCUCUGACAGCAGGUUUGAAACGUCAAAUUGAGACAACAGCGACUUACACAACAUCUGUUGUGCUGCAGGUGUAGACAGUAAAAGUAAACACUCAACGACGCACCUGUCCCGUUAACAGUCUGUUUAUGAUGCAGUCACGUUAACCAGCACGGGGACGGGGUGCUGGUAGUAGCGGGCACCGUCAGUGUCUGUCUCGUCCUUCAUGUCGAUGUUUCUGUGACGCAGCAGCGUGACGUACAUGUUUACAUUUUACGUUCAUGCUCAGUCGCAUAAUUUCAUCUGUUUCUGAAUCUCACACCACUACACACGAAUGUCCAGCUCCUGUUGGCUACUGAAUGUGGUUAGCCACCGUCUGGCGGGGGUACCACUUCGAAAAAUCAUCUCCCAUCCCUAGUUCAUAAAUUGCUCCAAACAGGAAGUGUAAGUUAACAGAUUCCUUUGGUAUCAUGAAAACUGAUAAAUUGUAGAGGUGGUGUACCAGCGUGUAAAAACCACUGGAAGUGGAAGUGCUGAUGUUAUUAUUUUCAACAAUGAAAUAUUUUAUUUCUGUCUAAUUUUCUUUGUUUCUUUCUUUUGUUUAAUUGACUGUUAGCCUUUGAGAUUUAAGAACUGUUGUCACUUUGUUGCAUCUUGUGUUGUUGAUUGUGUGUAAAUGGAUGCUGACUCACAGUAAACCUAAUGAUUUAUUUCACAGA